CGUUAACAUCUACGAAACAACCUCCUUUGUUUCUUUCUUCAUAAAACAAAUAUCCCACAAGGCGUAGCACAUAAGGAACAUUUAAUCAUCAACUUUUCACUUUUUUAUUUUAUUUUUUUCUGUCCACAAACUCAAAGAGAAUAUAUAUGAUUGAUAUUUCUCUGCGUCGAAUUCGACCCCAUCUACACGAAAAUGGGGACGGCGAGAUCAUUAUCAGGGUAUGUAAUAGUGAUGAUGGUGGGAUUGGAGUUUUUGGAAGUGGGAUUGAACACCAUUUGCAAAGCGGCCAUGAGAAAGGGAAUGAGUGAGCUUGUCUUUGUUUUCUACUCCAAUGCCUUCGCAGUUUUCCUACUCCUUCCAUCUUCCUUCAUCUUUUACAGAAAAAGAAGUCGUCCCGAGAUCACACUCUCCAUCAUCUUCAGAAUCUUUGUGCUUGCAUUGCUCAGCUGUAGCGCGCAGAUGCUAACUUACAUUGGGUUGGGUUAUAGUUCUCCAACUUUGGCCUCUGCAAUGACCGAUUUAACCCCAGCAUUUACAUUCAUACUCGCUAUGAUCUUCGGGAUGGAAAAGCUAAAUCUGAGAGUCCAAAGCAGUCAGGCAAAGUUUGUGGGCACUAUAGCAUCCAUCAGUGGAGCUCUAAUAGUGAGUUUAUACAAAGGCCCGCCCAUCUCAAAUAAUGUACCAUCAAUGAAUAUAGCAAAUGAGCUUCUUUCAAUGCCAAAGUCAAAUUGGGUCAUUGGAGGCUUUUUUCUUGCUGGUCAUAGCCUUUUCCUUGCACUCUUAUUCAUUCUCCAGACAUGGAUUAUAAGGGACUACCCUGCAGAGCUACUGGUUACAACCAUGUGUUGCAUAUUUGUGACCGUCCUAUCUUUCAUAGUCUCUCUCAUUGGAGAAAAAGAUCCAACUACUUGGAGACUGAGGCCUAAUACAGAGUUGAUAGCUAUUGUGUACUCGGCAGUGUAUGCAGUAGCACUUAGAAAUGUAAUUCAUACAUAUGUAUUGCGAAAGAAAGGACCUGUUUAUGUUUCCAUGUUCAAGCCUCUUGGAAUGGUGAUUGCAGUUUUCUUGGGUGUUACUAUUCUUGGAGAUAUACUUCAUCUUGGAAGCGUUAUUGGAGGAGCUGUAAUUGCACUCGGGUUCUAUGCUGUUAUAUGGGGCCAAGCUCAGCAAGAUAGAAACAGGGUUGAAGUUGAAGAAACCAAGACUUAUAGCUCUCUAUCACAUUCUCACACUGUCCCUCUUCUUCAAAAUAAAUGUACUGAAGUAUAGAAAAACUAGAAAUCUUUUUUGCUUUUCAAAACAAAACGUUGUAAAAAGAUGUUAGGUAAUUUAUUUUAUUAGUCAAUUUUGAGACUAAAAAAAAAUAUAUAUAUAUAUAUAUAUAUAUAAUUAUUGUACGAGAAAGCAAUUAUGAAACUGUCCUUGUAUAUUGUAAUGUGUGGUUACUAUCAAAUUUAUUAUUUUUGUGGAACUUUAUUUUACAU